UUGCCAGUUAGACCUCCGUCAUUGGAGAAUUACUUUGAGAAACAAAAAUUUUAAAAAAAAAUGGAAAGAUUUUUGCUUUUUCAGUAAUUAGGCAAAUUAACAAAAGAUACCUAACAUUCCAAACGACCCGUUAAUAUACAGAACGGAGGAUAACAAGCAAAAACAACAUGAAAAGAAAAAAUAAAAAACAGAAAAAAGAAAAUCCAGAAAUACAAAAUUUCCCAAGAAUCCUUAUGCUGUCUACUCGAUUAAGAUACCAAUCUCAAACCCCUGUAAUCAAUUGCUGAAGCCCCUCGUAAAGUCCUCAAUUUUUAUAAUCAAUUUCGCUGCACGACUCCAUUUCUAGGUAAAGGAAUCAAACUUUGCUUGAAUUGCUAGGGUUUCAUUACUUAAUAAAUGAAACCCUAGGAUUUUUGGACAUGUUGGUUCUUUUUGGAUUUUUCGGAGCUCUGAGGUUUUUAUUUUAUUAUUGAUUUUAGAUUUUUGGAGAGUGAAUUAUUAAAUAUAAUGAAGGUGUUUGAUAGUCUUUAUAAUGCUAAAGACCCUAAAUUGAGAAGGGUUUUUAGUGGAAUUUGUAGUAUGAUUCUAUUGUUUUUAUUCUAUAGCCGGUUAAAUAUCCUUAGAAACCCUUAUAUUGGUCAAAAUUCGACUACAGCAGAUGUUCAUGUUGAUAUAAUUCAUAGGAAAAUGAUUGACGCGGGUGUCAAUUCAUCGUCUUUUACUAAUGGGAUGAAUGAUCAAAAUGAUAUAAAUGUAAAGAAUCCAACAUUAUGUGGUGGAUUAAUUGAUCAUGAGGGUUAUGCUAAUGCAUGUGAAUACUUGAAAGCGAACCCAGAAUGUUCAUCUGGUGGAUUCUUUGAUUAUAUCAAGUUUUUGUAUUGUGAUUGUGGUGAUUUCAGAGUAUUGGGUUAUGCAUUUUUGGGUAUUUGGCUCGCUGCUUUGUUUUAUUUGUUGGGGAAUACUGCAGCAGACUACUUUUGUUGUUCAUUGGAGAAGUUGUCUAGUCUUUUGAAGUUGCCUCCUACUGUUGCUGGUGUUGCUCUCCUUCCCCUUGGGAAUGGAGCGCCAGAUGUGUUUGCAAGUAUUGCUGCUUUUGUGGGUAAAGAUGCAGGGGAUGUUGGUCUUAACAGUGUGUUGGGUGGUGCUGUUUUUGUUACUUGUAUUGUUGUUGGGACAGUUUCAUUAUGUGUAGCAGAGAAGGAAGUUCAGAUUGAUAGGAGAUGCUUCAUAAGGGAUAUCUGCUUCUUCCUUUUUACACUAUUGUCUUUGUUGAUGAUUUUGGUGAUUGGUAAGGUUAGUGUUGGAGCAGCGAUUGCUUUUGUCUCAAUUUAUGUAGUUUAUGGCAUUUCCGUUGCUGCUAGUGAGAUUUUUAGGAAACACGCACGAAGGUUAAAACUGGAUGUUAUUACACCAUUGAUUCCUGUGCGAGGAAGUAUAUUGCCCUCAGGAAGUUAUGAAGACGAGUCAGGUAUGUAUAAUUCUCUGCUGGACAUUGAGACUGACAGUGAUGUUCCGCAUCUACCUCCUUCACUACCAUCAUGGAUGUGGGCUUCAAAUGUGGCAAUAUAUUCUUUUCACUCAGCGAAAGGCAGUAUGCAGGAUGAUGAAAGGCCUCCAUGGGGCUGGACUGAUGAGAACAUGGAGAUCAACAGCUCCUCAUUCUGUUGCUCUAGAUGCUUUUCGCUGAUUGAGAUGCCCUUGGCCAUUCCGAGACGGUUAACAAUCCCAUUAGUUGAUGAAGCAUCAUGGUCAAAACCAUUUGCUGUAUCCAGUGCUGCAUUGGCUCCUAUUCUCGUGGCAUUUCUGUGGAACAGCCAAGAUGAUGUGGGUCCUCAAAGUAGAAUCGCCGUGUAUUUUGUCGGUGUUGCGGUUGGUUGUGCUCUUGGUUUUCUUGCAUACAAGUACACCUUACCCAAUCAUCCGCCUCAAAGAUUCUUGCUUGCGUGGGUGUUAGGGGGAUUUUUGAUGAGUAUUGUGUGGUUCUACAUGAUAGCUAAUGAGCUUGUAGCUUUAUUGGUGGCAUUUGGUUUGGUAUUUGGGAUUAAUCCAUCAAUCCUUGGAUUAACUGUAUUAGCAUGGGGCAACUCAAUGGGUGAUCUAGUGUCAAAUGUUGCGUUGGCAAUGAAUGGCGGUGAUAGUGUGCAAAUUGCCUUCUCUGGAUGUUAUGCAGGUCCCAUGUUCAACACACUCAUCGGCUUGGGGGUAUCAAUGCUUCUAGGAGCUUGGUCUGAGAGCACUGGUGUAUACAUGGUUCCUGAAGAUAGUAGCUUGUUUUACACCAUGGGAUUUCUCAUGUCAGGACUAAUCUGGGCGCUUGUUGUUCUACCUAAAAAUCAUAUGCGACCGAACAAGGUAUUAGGGGUGGGCCUUAUAACCCUGUAUUUGAUUUUCCUUUCCGUUAGAGUGAGUAUUGCUAUGGGAUAUGUAUCAACUUGACAGAUUGAUUUUGGUGAUUGUCGUAUGAAUUUGUAAAGCUAGUCUCUCUGAACGUACUCCUCAUCACAUUUUAAUUUGUAAAACUGUAAUCUGAGGAACAGUUUUUAUAGCACUUACACAUGUAGGAUUCUGGUUAGUACUUGCUGAUUCACUUUUUGUGACUUAUUCCUACAAAUGGGAUUAAUGAUUAUACUUGAUGAAUCAAUAAAACUAUUAUCGGGCUAAAAGGCGAUAUCCUUGUCUUGA